AUGUCUCUUCCUGGAUUAGAGCUUGCUGAAGCUUCAAUCGAAUCCCAGUACGCCCCUCCUCCGCCUACACAGAUCAAUCUACGCGCUGGGUCUGAAUGGAGGUUUGAAAUUGCAUUCGGCGCUACAGUCCGAGUCAAGCUACUCACUGGAACCGCAGAAUUCUUCGGAACUGAACUUGCGCCGUUACAAACGUACACAUUUACCGGCACGAAAGGUGCAAUUUAUACCUGGCAUGGCUGCGCGCUAGAGAUCGCAGCCGGCGAGGCGGUCAACCUUCCAAACGGAUUUGCACCAGGUGGCAGCAGCAGCACUACCGCUCCGAACGCAGGAGGUGGUGGCGGAUAUGGCGCAGGGGGUUGUCAAAGCGAAUAUAUCGCCGAAGAAACGCCCAUGGUUGAAUAUAGCAAUGUCCAUUUCGCACUAGAGACAAUGAGGCAUGAGGCACAGACUGAAGGCGAUAAGGAUGGACCUCGGGUUUUGAUACUGGGACCGGAAAAUGCGGGCAAAACUACCUUGACCAAGAUUCUUACGGGUUAUGCGACCAAAGUUGACCGCCAGCCUAUUGUUGUCAACUUGGAUCCAACAGAGGGCAUGCUGAGCGUUCCCGGUACCUUGACGGCGACGGCUUUCCGCUCGAUGAUUGAUGUUGAAGAGGGUUGGGGAAAUAGUCCAAUGUCUGGGCCAAGUGCAAUCCCCGUGAAGCUGCCUUUGGUUUAUUUCUAUCCGAUGAAGAGUCCUUUGGAAGCAGAUGGGAACGUCUUCAAGCCGAUUGUUUCAAGACUGGCGCUUUCGGUGACUGCUCGCAUGGCUGAGGAUGAUGAUGCGCGCGAGGCGGGCAUUAUUGUCGACACUGACGGGAUGCUGGGUCAAGGGACGCCUAAGGCUUUAGAGUUGAUAAACCAUAUUGUCACCGAGUUCUCCAUCUCAACCAUUCUGGUCAUUGGCUCCGAACGCCUUUACAGCACCAUGGUCCGAACCUACGACCAAAAACCCACGUCUAGCGCAGCAACGACUCAUUCCGAUGAACGGAUCACCGUUCUAAAGCUCUCAAAAUCCGGCGGAUGUGUUGACAGAGAUGACGCAUUCAUGAAAGCCGUGAACGAGAACCAAAUCCGGUCAUAUUUCUUCGGCAACGCAGCGACGUCUACAGUGUCUGCCGGCGGAGCAGCAACAGCAGCCUCCUCACUUUCUUCUACUGGUGUUGCUGGUGGAGGCGGCAGCAACAGCAAUAAAAUCACGCUAUCUCCUCACACUCAACAACUCGAUUUUGAUCUUUUAGCCUUAUACAACUAUCUAACCACAUCCUCCCUGACAGAUGGGGAUGAAGACGAAUACGACCCGUCUAGUUUCAAUGCCAGCGGCGGAGGGGGAGAUUCCUCCUUUCUCCCCGGCGGCGCCGCCUCUGCGUCUUUACAAUCAACGCAACAUGCCAGCAGUAACAAUACCAUCCCUUACGACCCAGCCGCUGCCUCCUCUUCCUCCUUCUCAACAUCAACACUCACAACCGAUACCCAAGCCCUGCCCCUAAAGAAAUUCACACAACCCCCAACCCUAGCUCUUGCCAACACCCUCAUUGCAAUAACGCACGCAGCACCUAAUGCUACGCUAGCCGACAUACGAGAUUCCAGCAUAAUGGGGUUCGUGUAUGUCGCUGAUGUGGAUGCCGAAAAGAAGAAGUUGAGAAUCCUUGCGCCUGUGGGUGGCAGAAUGCCUGGUAGAGCGCUGGUUUGGGGGAAGAAAUGGCCUGGUGAAGUUGUUGGGUUGGUUGGUUGA